UGUUAAAUGUUUUACCACCAUGACUUAUACGACUGUCAUCGAGGAAAAUAAAUCUCCAUCCUGUUGUAAAGUCUUAAAACAGCACAACUCCCUCUCCCGCACCCUUUUUUUUUAAGUAAUUGGCUUAACGUAGAGGAGAUAAGCCACACGGUGUCAAAGUCCUGACAGACAACUCCCACAAUGGACACAUAAUUUGACAAUUAAGUUACCUUAAUAAUGGUGAAGAAGAUGAGACGAGACCUAAGCAAAGUUGAGACGGUUAAAAUCCUCCUUGGUCCUGGCCACGCCCCCAAGCACACAGGUGACUGACGACGCGCGAGGAGAACUUUUCCCGUGUCUUGCCUAGAGUACAAUCGCGUUCAUUCAUUCAUGUUUGUGGUCACAGUUUCCAUAUUUACUCUUCACAAAUGGUCGUUUUUUGUUGAGAAGACUCUUUUGACCUACCUUUUCACAUCUACACUGACUGAUGGGUUCUAGAUCAUAUAAAACUUUAAGGAUUUCGAUUUACGUGGGGAGUAACGCUGAAAUAAUCGCAGAGAGACGGGCAGCUGUUGCAGUGAUUCAGUAUCAUGGAGGCAUGCAGCGGGACUGUAGCAGCAACGUACGGCAGAGCUCCAGCAUCGCUGAGAGACACAUACGAUUAUGAUCCCUGUGAAGGGCCCCACCCAGAAGACGAUGAGGGGGAGGAAGAUAGGAGCUUUCAGCCAGCUGAGACUGCAGGCUGGGAAGACGCCAUUGCUGUUAUGGCACGAGGGGCGUCGAUGGUGCCUGAUCUGCCUGCAGGAUCUUCUCUGCGCUCAUGUGCCAGUACAGCCAGCAUGAAGGUCAAGAACGUGAAAAAACUCGCCCUCACCAAAGGCCAUUUCCCACGGCUGGCAGAAUGUGCUCACUUUCACUACGAGAAUGUUGACAUUGGCUCUGUGCAGUUGUCUUUAGCUGAAGAUCAGAACGACCUCACACAAAGUGGUUUCGACUCAAAGGAGGUGGUGUAUCUGGUUCAAAUCUGUUGCCAGGGUCGUAAGUGGACAGUGAAGCGUUCAUAUGAAGAGUUUCGUGUCCUUGACAAGCACCUCCAUCUCUGUAUCUAUGACAGAAAUUUCUCUCAGCUUCCUGAACUGCCCCGCGUAGACGUACUGAAGGACAAAGCCGAGACACUUUUCCAGAUGCUCACCGCAUACAUUUCCAGAUUUUCAGCCAUCGCUGAUAACAAGAUCAACUGUGGGCCAGUACUCACAUGGAUGGAGAUUGACAAUAAAGGGAACCACCUGCUGGUUCAUGAUGAAUCAUCUAUUAAUGUUCCUGCUGUAGCUGCGGCCCACGUCAUAAAACGCUACACUGCCCAAGCACCAGAUGAACUCUCUUUUGAGGUUGGAGAUAUAGUAUCAGUGAUUGAUAUGCCUCCUAAAGAUGAUACAGGGUGGUGGAGGGGAAAACAUGGUUUUCAGGUGGGAUUUUUCCCUUCUGAAUGUGUGGAACUAAUUAGUGAGAAAAUCCCAUCAAACGUGACUAACUCAUUGGCCAAGCCAGUGUCCAAGAAACACGGCAAGCUGAUCACGUUCCUGCGCACAUUCAUGAAAUCGCGUCCCACCAAGCAGAAGCUGAAACAGCGAGGUAUCCUGAAGGAGAGAGUGUUCGGAUGUGACCUCGGAGAACACUUGCUUAACUCAGGCCAUGAUGUCCCACAGGUCAUAAGAAGCUGCACUGAGUUCAUUGAGAGACAUGGAGUAGUGGAUGGGAUUUACCGCUUGUCUGGGAUUUCCUCCAACAUUCAGAAACUGCGGCACGAGUUUGACUCUGAGGAUGUUCCCGAUCUCACCAAAGACACUUAUGUCCAGGACAUUCAUUCGGUGGGAUCGCUGUGUAAGCUCUACUUCCGGGAGCUGCCCAACCCACUGCUUACCUACCAGCUCUAUGAGAAAUUCUCUGACGCUGUAUCAGCAGCCACUGACGAGGAGAGGCUGAUCAAAGUGCAUGAUGUCAUACAGCAGCUGCCUCCACCACACUACAGGACUCUUGAGUUUCUCAUGAGACAUUUAUCCUGUAUGGGAACUUACAGUAAGGUAACCAACAUGCACUACAAAAACCUUGCUAUCGUCUGGGCUCCAAAUCUCCUCAGGUCUAAACAGAUCGAGUCGGCGUGUUUCAGCGGAACCUCCGCCUUCAUGGAAGUGCGCGUUCAGUCUGUCGUUGUGGAGUUCAUCCUUAAUCACGUAGAUGCCCUCUUCAGUCCCAAACUCAGCACUUUGAUCCGCCAGAGCACAGGCCACGCUACUUUAGCUCGGCCCAAGUCUCUGCUGGUGAGCUCUCCUUCCACCAAGCUGCUUUCACUGGAGGAAGCCCAAGCUCGGACCCAAGCCCAACUCAUCUCUCCUGUGUCUCCUGACAGCAAGUAUAUUGAUGUUGGAGAGGGACCUGCCGCCCUCCAGGGCAAGUUUCACACAGUCAUAGACUUUCCGUCUGAGAGGAAGAAGGGUUCAACCAAGUCCAAAAAGUCUCCGGUUGGAAACUGGCUUUCUUUCUUUAAUAUGGGAAAGUCCUCUGCUCCUGCCAAACCCAAACUACAAAGACAUCCUAGUGAGCCCAAUGAAAUGAAGACCACGCCUCUGCCAGGUGGUAGAGGAGACACAGGAACGUUACGAUCUGCUAAAAGUGAAGAAUCUCUGUCCUCUUCACAUAACUUUGAGGGUGGAUCAAAUGUGUAUCGUCCACGCCGGCCUCUCUCCACCAGUGACGCUUUAUCCAUCUCAUUCAAUGAGGAGCUGCUGGACAGCCGAGCGACUGGGGACUCGCGGUUCAGCCUCAAAGACCUCAAGAAAGACACUGAUGCCUCUUCCUCUUGUGUGCCUGCCCUAAUAUCUCCUCCCCACCCUGCGGCGGAUUUGGAGUUUAUAGGCAUAGCUUCUUCAGACAUAGACCCACUGGCCUUUAAGUGCAGCAUGCAACCGACUGAUCCCACCGUAUCUGAUGGAAAGAAAAAAGGCAGUCGCAAGAAGGCGGGAGGCAGUGUUGUUGAAACCAAGCCCUUAGAGAAAGUCACCAGUCCGUCCCUGCCACCUGAUCUCAUCCCAGUGCGCUUGGAGGACACAAAUCACAACUCCUCUAAAGUGCUAGCUGCCCAAGAGGUGGGAACCUCUAAGAGUGGCCAGGAAGGAACCACUAGGAGUUCAGUGGCUAAAACUGUAACCAAGUCCUGUCCAUCCGACAUGACGUCUCUUAUGAAAAAGCCUAGCGUGUCCUCAAAAAGUGACGGAGGACAUCAGCGAUCUGCCAGCUUCUGCAAAGCAGAAAGUAAAUCGGCAAAUGUCAAGGAGCACAGAAGAGCAGAAUCAGGUACAGUGACAUUCGAAUGCACACCCGGCUUGGUGAGGUCCGUCUCUCUCAUAACACCCCAGCCUGCGGUAAAGAACGCUGCUCGUAUGCUAGCUUUGGAACUACAUGAAUCUGCCCAGCAGGCCACUCGACUAAGCAAACGUGGGAGCUCUGAACCCCCUACACCCGUUUCUCCUGUUCACCAUCACAACACGCUGUUCACGCUUCAGUUUCCUCCUCAACAUCCCCUACAGACAUCUUCUGAUCGAGAGGGACAGUAUGUAGCUAGGACUUUCCCGGAUCCUUCCAGCACCAUGUCUACCGAGAGCCACACCGAUGCGGGCAGCCUACGUAGCACCUGCGCCUGCCACGGCAGCGAGAGCGGCCUCAGCUUCUCUGAUGGCUGCGAUGCUUGCACGCAUGGGCCCCCUCAAGGUUUCUCUCCUCGUAGAGAUACAGAUACACAGUUGGUACCAGAAAGCCACAUAGCUAUGAGAGAGAACAUCCGCCAUGUUGGAGUUGGUACGGAUGGAGGUGGUCCAAGCCAGGAUGAUAAGAUAGAAAUGUAUGAACGUUUGCAGCCUUCAGAGAGAUUCUCAGAGAUGGACAGUCAGUCAGCCAUUGAAGCGCUACAAAACAAACAGGCGGCUAAUGCCGCAAACUUCCGAGCCAUUUUGGCGGAAACGGCUGUGCCUGCUUCGGUGCAUGAAGUUCUUCCGCACGCUUCAGAUUCUCCUCCACCCAAGGUAGUCUAUCAGUACCAACCAAAAGACAAAACGUCUGCUCACUCCCAACACUGGUCAAGCUCGAUUAGACAAAGCACGCCUUAUUAUCAGCCGGAUGAUGGGCAUUCCCAUCCCAGAGUUCUCUCAAGAAACUACUGCAAUACGCUCGCUCCACGAUCCCUGCACCAGUCUAUUAAAUUUAAAGGUCAAAGGGAAGAAUACUCUUCAGUUGGUCUAUAUAAACAUGGAGGGCCAAGGUAUCCCCCACUAGAUGGAGCCUCCGUAUAUCCGACUAUACGCCGGGUGCGCUCCAUGCACGCUCCCCCGGAGGACAAGUUUUACUUCCUUCAGCGUCAAGGCAGCCAAUAUAAACCUUACCCAAAGCCGCCACCGUCAGACAUCCGACCUUACUUCGAAGAUGGAAAAGUUCGUUACAGGUACAGCCCUUAUUCGGAAGCUCGAUACAGUAAAGUGGAUCAACACCGAGAAAACAGUCAGGGAUAUACUCUCUCUUACACUUUAAGCAAACUGCCUUCUCGUCCAUUAAAGGUUAUGGGCGGCACUGAAAACUACCGCAAGCCUCAACACAACCUGCCACUGAACAAUGAGUCUGACUUUAUGACCAGAGAUCUCCAGCCAAGAACGAAGAAUCCUCCUCUAUACGAGGGAUUUAAUUCUGGUUUAUCUGAUCGACAUUUUAGCCAGUCCAUUAGACGGGAAAGCUCAGCCAAAGAGAGGUCGUUCGGUCCAGUUUUGCCUCAGCCCCAUGUUGGAAGAAGCAGCCGGCAGUGCCAGGAGACAAUGCACUCUAGGAGCAGAUCAAACUCUGGAAAAGAGAUGCUGAUCUCCACCGAAGGGGCUGAUGGGAAGUACAGGGUAACCAUGGUGUCUCAUUACUCCCCAGAGCAAACCCUUUCUGAUCCCGAUAUGCCUACACCUUAUCAUUCAGACCGCUACGGUGGCGGGCAAGGAGCCAGAUCGGCUUAUAUAAUGAAGCAGAGUCGAUCCAUGCACAACUACUCCUCAGCAGUGCCCCGCAACCUUACUCUUCAUAAGGAAUACAGCUGCCCGGAUUUUAAACAGACCGGUUCCAGUGACAGCUAUAAAAUGACACACCCAAACCAGGACAGACUGGUGUAUAACACUCUCAGAAACUCUUCGAAAGAAGACUACCGGUACAUGACCAAGGAUUCUCAAAAGUCUAAGAGAUCUCAGAGCGUAAAAACUCGCCAUACGCCUGCUCAAACCAGAAUCAGUCUGGAGCGAGAUCACAGACAGUCAGUUUCUUCCCAAAGUCGGACAAGGACUCGUAGCAUGCACGUGCCAUCUCGCCCCGACUACUCGGAAAGUUACAUAUCGGUACACGCAAAGGUCCCCAAGACCAGUCGAGCUGGAUCUGGCGCUUUCCCGAACUAUGGCUGCAUGCCACUUCGUAAUAACAGACUUUACUCUACAGCUGUGGGCCAUGCAGGGUUUCAUCAGACAGAGCUCAGACCCGAGAUGCAGAUUUAUGCUGAAUAGGAGAUUAUAAAUAUAACCUCUGCAGGGCAGUGGUUUUCUAUUGCUAAUAAAAUUAAAAUAAUAUUUAACAUUUCAAAAUAAAAGUUAAUAUUUAACAUUUCAAAAUAAAAGUCUGAAAUGCUUUUAUUGUUCACUGAGUGGUUCGAUCACGGUAUGCACUGUAAGAUUUCUGAUGGCUUAAAUAAACACUGCAUAAAUUUAGGGGAAAUUACACCUAGAUUGUGGUGACGGGUUCUUGUGGCUUUAUUGCUGCUUUGAUUUGUUAAGGUGUGUCUUGUUAGUUUUGUCAUUUUGUUACUAGAGGUCACAGUUCGCAAAAAAACAUGAUCUUUAUUGGAUAGGAAAAUUAACAAUGGCUUUGAAUAGGUGCAAUAUAUAUAGGAGCCACUGCCUUGUGUUUUUAAAGAGUGUAGUUAUGUAGUACCAUCACUGUGGAAUCCAAACAUAGUUAUAUAUGUCAAUACCAUCAGCAUAUAUAGAUCUAACAUCUAAAUAACUACGAAAGGUCAUGAAAGCGAGAUCUGUUUUAAAUUAAUCCCCAGUAUUUUCUAUAAUCAUGCACUUUAUAGUUGGUCUGUGUUUUCAUGUACCAGGCACUUUAGUAUGGUCAUUUUUACACAUAUUUUACUUUGUUUUCUUUUUUUUUAGAGAAAAAUGUAUGUGACCUGUAAAGCCUACUGGUUUACAUAUUAUUGGCUGUAGUAACCAUUAAUGUUACAUAUGGGAAUACCUGUACUGUUUAACAGUUUUAAAAAGUGUACUGUUCUCAAUUCUAGUUGUUUUUACGCAUUUUUAUUUGUUAAUACUUUUCAUUUUGUCUCAUUAAAGUUAUUUAUUCAAAAUCA